ACUUUAUGAGUAGACGUUACCCUAUUAAUUAAAUAGCAAGGACCUUUUUUUUAUAACGUUAUAAUUACGAUUUCAAUUAUUAACGAACUUGAUUAAUUCGAGCUAUAAGCAUUACAUCGAAUCCUUGGUUUUAUGUAUUUUAUUACAAGAGAAUUUAAUGAAUGGAUGGCGUAGAAAAAAUCUCGCCCGAAAUGUCGACUAAACAUCGAAGAACCCUUAGUCUAGUCAAAUACGCUGGAAGUCAUGUUGCCGAAAGGAGUGUUAAUCUUGUUAAAAAAGGAAGGCGAGCAAUCGGUAUCAAAGUCUUUCUAUACUUAUCCAAUAUAGUCCUUCUUGUGGCAAUAUUUGUCGGUUUAUAUGCAAGAUGGCAACAAAACUCUGAAAAUUUUAUACUUUGGUUAUCAAUUUUGGGGAUAAUAGUUUUUCUAUUGUCUGGUGCAUUAAUGCUUUAUACGUCAUAUAAUGAAUUUGGUAUGCAUUUAUCAAGAUUAUGGAUGGGAGCUUUCCUAGGAUUGCUAGCAUUUACGCAGAAACCGAAUAUGUAUGGGGAAAUUACUCAGAUGAUGGAUAGUCUUUUUAUAACAAGCAUCUGUUUGAAGGCUUUUGAUAGUUUAAUCAGAAGAGUUUUGGGUUAUGCUAAUAAUGUGGUACUUUUAUCAAAAUUUGAAUCUAUCGAAUUAUUUGGACUUAUGUGUUCUUCAACACUUUUUCAUUCUCAAUAUCUUUCAAUUGCUCUACUCUCGUUGGCGUUCAUUGCUUCAAUUAUUGGUAUUCGUUUGAAAUCUUUCUCCUGUCUUGUUCAACUAGUUGCAUUCCUAAUAACUGCGAGAUUGGAAAUCUUUCCAAGAUUAUUUCAAAUUCAUCCCAACGUUCCUGCAUUAGCAGCAUUUGCUAGUAGAUUUUGUUUCUCGGCUGCUUUUGAUCUGUAUUUCGGGGCUCAAUCUCAAUUGGAGAGAUGGAAAAAGUUGUUAAGAACACCAUCUAUAAUAAGAAAAUUGUCACUUAUAUUCCUUUUUAUCAUUCAAAUAGCUUAUCUUACUAUUCAUUCGUUGUUAAUUAAGAAUCAUAAGGAAUGGUUUAUAGUUGUACCGUUAUUCGGUGUAUUUAGUGCUAUAUGGUGCGUUUUUCAUCUAGCAUUUAUUGCCUGUUGUUGGACUAUUUCGAAUCGAAUUACCCUCUGCAAUCAGUCCUAUUAUGAAGAUAAAGAGUCAUAUAGUAAUGUUUUAGCUAGUCGAGGCGUUCGUCAUUUGGCGUUAACAGCUAGCCGUCUGGUAAAGGCAGCUGUCUUUCUUACUUUUCUUAUAACAAUUAUAUCAUGGAGAACAAAAACCGCCCUCAGCCUAUCAUUAGCUUGUUUUCUUCUUCCUCUUGAGCUAGCUAUUUGUAGUCUUGUUGGAUCUUUUGGAUCUAAAUUGGGUGGAACUUGUAUUGGUUAUGCUCUUGUAGCACCCGCUGUUAAUGUUCGUCCUGAUCUAAGUCCAACUUUGCUACCAUCUAGCCACGUUGCGGAUGUAAGUGGCAGAGCAACCACUAUACUAAAUGUUAUACAGCAGUUUUUUGUUAGUCAUCUAAUUGAUAAUGCCGGUUGUGAUUAUACAUCUUCAGGCGUUACCCUUUCGGACGUAAAAACUAAAUUAUGCUCACUAUUCUCAAAACGAACCUCGGAUGGUCCAAGAUACGAUACCUAUAUUGUCUAUUAUUCAGGUCACACUCAUCAAAAUGGGGAUUGGGCUUUAGCGGAUAAUGAUAUUUUGAAGUUUGAUUUUAUAUUGCAGUGGUGGAAAGAGCAGGGAGACAGUGGCUCAAGAUUACUUAUAAUUGUUGACGCUGAUAAGGCUUACAAUUGGUCGAAGGUUGUUCGUAGAGCCGACGAAUUCGUUGCUUUACAAACUUGGCAAUGGAGGAAGGGUGCUGACCUGGAAAAUUCAGCUAUAGGUUGCUUUACGCACGACUGGGUUACUUUCAAUUCGGAAACUGAUAAUGAUAUUGACUGGCUCCAGCGACCGUAUAGAUGUAUCUAUUCAGUUUCUUCAGAUUGGCCGGAUUUUCAACUUCAAACACCAAGCGGUCAAGAUGUAUUAGAUCAUUGGGGAGCUUGCGUACCCAAAAUGAGCCGACCACUCCUUAAAUUUGUAUCAACUCCAAACUCGAAUUGUUUUGCUAUAUUUACACCUUGCGAAUGCGUUAUAAAAUGUCUAAGAAAGUUGAGAAUGGCUUGGGUACCGCCAAGACAUAUCGAUACAUCGCAUGGGUUCAAGUUAUUUAGGACUUGA